UGUACUAUUCGUUCAUUCGUUUUUCAAAAUAAAACCAAAACUCAAAAAACAAAUAAAUGGCUUGUUUCCUCAAUAUUCGUUUCCAAAACCAAAAGGAAAUAACGGAUAACAACUCGUUUUUCCAAUUUACAAUGUUGUGCUCAAAUGGAAAAAUGGAAAAACAGAUAACGAGCGUUUCACUCCGUUUCAUCCAAUUUUUAUUUUUUAUUUGACGCAAGAUGCAUGACCCGGAUGUGACCUUAACUAGGACCAGAAUCUGCCAAAAAAAAAACAAGUCGAGACAAAAGAUAGUGAUCAUAUUAUAAUAGUGUAUGUUUAUUAACGGUCCGUGGUAGUGAUGGCCGGACUCGAUGAAUAUUCCGACUUGAUUCGCAAGCUUUUUGAAGAGGGUCGAACGCAUGCUGAGAUUUCCACCGCGCUGCGUCAGAGAGAUGUCCCGAGAUGCUCGGAAAUGUCUGUCAGAAGAUUCUGUGUUCAACACCAGCUCAGACGAAAAAGACAUGUGUCAGACGCAGAACUGGAAAUGGCAAUCAUGUCAUCGAUAGAUAAGACAGGUCCAUGUUACGGCCGAAAAUUCAUGACAGGAUACCUGUCAUCAGUGGGGGUGAGGGCAGGAGAAUCUCGAGUGGGAAAAAUUCUCAGAGAGGUACACCAGCCGUAUAAUGAACUGCGUCGCCAAGGAGCACGUAAUCUGAAUCCAGUUCCUUAUCACGCCGAGUAUAUGGGUCAUAAACUCCACCUAGACCAGAAUGAAAAGCUGGGAAUGUUUGGAGUUACACAUGUCUUGGCUAUAGAUGGAUUCAGCAGCAAAAUUGUUGCAGAAUCCACAAUGCCAGUGAAAAACAACCUUAUUGUUUAUGAGGAAGUUUACAGGAAAGCAGUUGUCAACAAUGGCAUGUGGGACCAAAUUAGAGUGGAUCAUGGCAGGGAGUUUUACUUGACCCUCUACAUGCAAGAAAAGCUGUCUCAACACAGACAUAACAUCAACAGGCUGCCUUAUGUACAGACAACUUCUUCAAGGAACCUUCGUGUGGAAAGAAUUUGGCCGGAGGUCAACAAUCGGGUGAACUAUCCACUAAAACAAGCCCUGGUUCACCUGCUUGAUCAAGAGCUGCUUGACAUCCAGGAUAAUGUUACCAAAUUUUGUGUCUCCAACCUUGCAUGUCAAGUGAGCCAGAUUGGACUUGGCAGGGUUGUACAGUCAUGGAAUGCCCAUAGGAUACCAGGCAGAGGGAUACCAAACCAACUUUCAGCUGAUUGUUGUCCAGCAAGAAUUCACACAGAGCUGCUGCCCAAUGCUGCUGAGGCAGCACACAUGUAUGAGCAAGAGUUGGGGUCCUCCCUGACUUGGGUAUCUGCCUUUGGCUCUGACCCCUUUUCAUCAGAGCAAGACCGAUGUCGUGCUGAGCAGCUGUUUGGAGAGAGGUUUCCAGACAUGUCUCUUCUUUUUGGAAAAGUAGUUAACAAUGACCAUAGUGUUUUUCAGGAAGCACUGAUCUAUCUGAUUAAUGUUACUGAAAGACAUGCCAGAUAAACAC